CAUUUAUCUCAAAUAAAAUUGCAAAACCUUGACCUUACUCGAUGAUUUUAUUCGUUUAAAUAAUAAAAACAAUCACACUGUGACCCCAUAAUGGCUUUUUUCCCCCUAAACACCUAAAUUUGUGUUUCAAAAAACAGGUUGGUGGCCUUCGAGUCAAAUGAUCGGCAGUAAAAAUGGCGUACUCCUUUGUGUCAAAGUGCAUUGUUUACUAAUUAUUGCGGCACUGCAAUUAUGUAAUUUAAAAAUUACGCUUAAACAAAGUGGCGUUAAAUUCUCUUUACCCUUUUUACCAUGUCGAAGAAAUUAUCAAUUACUGAUCCUUUUCAACCAAAAAUCACUCGCAAUGAUCGAUUUGCUCAAAUGUCCCAUCAAGAAAAAGUAAUUGAGCAGAAGAAGAAAGAAAUUCAAGCUAAAUUAGAAGCCAAACAAAAAAUUAACGCCGAAAAUGCACCAAAGGCUGGAUCACCAACACCGUCAAAAGAAUCAAAAAGCCCCCCUAAGAAGCCCGAGGGUAAAAACACAAGUGGUUUUAAUUUGUUUUCAAACGACGGCUCAUUUUUGGACACGUUCAAGCAAAUGAAGGAGAAGAAACUCGAUUCUAAAUUAAAAUCAUUCAAAGCGAAGGAAAGUUUCAGUGAGCAGCGUUCAAGUGGCAACAAAAACAGCAGGUGGUCCCAAAGACGUCGCUCGCCUUCUCCAAAAGAGCGCAAUUUAAAAUCUCGAAUAUCCCGCUUUUCUGACAAAACCAACACUUUCGAGCCAAAAAUAACAAUCAACACGUCAUUCAGCAGCCCCGUGUCCCAACAACACAAUUUCGACAAUCCCCAAAUGUCCAUAAGCCCCCAAAACGUGACCGGUCAGCCCCUACUGAAAAACAUGCUUCCGCCACCAGGUGUCGUCUUUCCUACCGUCACCCAACAAAGUAGCGCCUCUGUGAUUGCGGCCCCACCGCUCCUCCUCAACGUGCCGCCCCCUCAAAUAGUCCAAAAUCAAGUGAGCAGCACUCUCCUUCUGCCAAACUCCCAAGGAAAUGUUCUCGUGUCCACUCCAACUGUCAAUGUGACAAUCCCAGCAUCUGGCGUUUUGACAACUGUCACUUUACCACCGUCUUCAGUUUCCACAGCCACCGCCAUGCCGGUGCCGCCCCCAUGCGUCCCAACAGUGGAACUAGCUUCAAUCCCACCCCCAAACCCCAUCCAAGUCCAGAACAUCCCCCAGCCCGCCCCCAUCCAGGUCCAGAACAUCCCAACGCCUACUUCAAUCCAACUCAACGAAAUCCCCAACCCCAAACCACUCGAUUUACUGGCAAUCCCCACCCCCAGUGAGGACAAAUCAAUCUCAGACCCCGAUUUUAUUAAAAACGUCCCACCCCCGAACAAGUCAAUCCCACCCCCGAAUUUACCCGAAACAAAUGUCAACGUCCCACCGCCCAACACGCUGCCGCCCCCCAACAUAAUCCCCGUCAGUAUCCCACCCCCCCAAACCAUCACAACCCAGAACCUAACAGUUCAGAGUAUUGCCACUCCUUGUCAAAAUAUUCUAGUACAUACAAUCCCACCCCCGCCCCAGUUACAAACUAUACAGAAUAUCAGCACGGGAGUACCGCCCCCAAACCUCCAAAACCAAAACAAUUUCGCAUCGAUUUCGGUGGUUGUACCGUCUAGUCCUGUCACCGUCAGUAAUACGAUUCCUUCGCUUAUGGCACAACCGAUUCUACCGCCCCCAGGAAUGGGCAUGGCAACGGUUAAUGUGAAUUGUCCGCCUCCGAUGUUACCGCAGCUUCAAGCACCACCCCCGAGUUUUGUCAAUCAACCGCCCCCAAUCACCAAUCAAAUGCCGCCGAUGAAUGUGCCGCCACCGAGCACUACGAUGACUAUGAUGAAUCCGGCGCCCAUUUCGGGGCCUUAUCACGAUAUGAACGCAGUAUUUCCCCCAGGUACUCCAGAUUAUGAAGCGAUGGCGUCGCUCGGCCGCAUGGUCGCCCAAUGCGGACCUGGCAUUGAGGAGGUCGUCAAGCAACGCAAAACUCAAGACCCCAAUCUGUGGUUCCUUUUUCACAAAGAAUCGGCCGCCUAUCAGCAGUACCAACAAUUGGUCGAACAAUUCAAACGAGAAGCUGACGAAACCAAAGACACACAACACUACAAACCGGAAGAUAUUUACGAACCGGAAAUGGCUAUUGAAGACGAUAGCGACACUAGUAUGACGCAAGAGCAAAAAAAGGAACCUAAUGACCACGAAAGUGAGAAUACAACUAAACGGAAACGGAAGAGUCGCUGGGGUGAUAAAGACCCAACGAUACCUCCACCCACUGUCAUUCUGAAUAACACAGUCUUGCCAAGGCCUGGGUUAAUAACGCAAAAUCAACCGAGUGGAAACGUGAUGUUGUCACAAAUAACGCGAAACGAUCCCGGAUUGAUCCAAUACGUUGUAAAUACUUACGGUUCGACGAACUUAUCCGAAGAAGAGUGGGACAAAGCCGAGGAUCAUUACAAAAUCAAUCUGCUUUAUCAAGACAUGAUGAAAAAACGCGCAGAAUUGGAGAAACUGCAAAAGGCCGGGAAAAACAAAUACGACUAUGAUUCAGACGAGGACGUGGAAGGGGGGACUUGGGAACACAAAUUGCGAGAUAAAGAAAUGAUGGCAACGCAACUCUGGGCCCAAGAACUAACCCGUCAAGCUGAGGGUAAACACCACAUUGGCGAUUUUUUACCACCGGACGAGUUCAAUAGAUUUAUGGAAAAGAGCAACGCGAAUAAAGAAGGCCGUAUGCCGAAUUUCUCCGAUUACAAGGAAUUUAAAAUAAAAGAGGACAAUAUUGGGUUUAAAAUGUUGCAAAAGUUGGGAUGGUCGCAAGGACAAGGGCUGGGGACCAACGGAGCUGGGAUUGUUGAACCCGUUAAUAAGGCUGUUAAACGUGAGCAUAACCAAGGGUUGGGACUUGGGGAUGAUGGUGGUAAUAAGGAGGAUGAGUAUGAAGCGUAUAGGAAGAGAAUGAUGCUGGCUUAUAGGUUCAGGCCGAAUCCUUUGAAUAAUCCAAGGAGACCAUACUACUGAAUUGUGUGAAUUAAUUACGAUUGUAAAUUUGUAUAAAGUGUAAAUAGUGCAGUAUUAUGUUAUUUAUCUUUGUGUAUAUUAUGCAGUUGUAUUUAUUUUCAAUAAAUUAAUUAAAAGGAA